AUGAGCACUGGCAAUAACGGGGGACGACCACGCCCUCCUCAAGCCGUUGCCUCCAAGUCUGGACCUAUAGCUUCCUCAGCUAAACAGCCAACGCUCGCGGUUCCGUCCUCUAAACCCCCCUCGACUCCUCGAUCACCUUCGCAAACUCUCCAAGCAGGCAAGCCCAGUGCGCCAUCUAGCCAAACCGAUGCAGCCAACGAUAAAGCUACGGCGGCGCUGAUCCGCCGUGUCCUCUGUUCUCAGUCCUCUAACUAUGGGCCAGACCAACGGGAGCGGGGUACUCCUCGACCCCUGGAAGAGUUGCUUCCUCCCCUUACGAGCUCGAACGAGGUAGAUCUACAGCUGUAUGCUCUAAUUGCGAUCAUAAUUAAAGAGUUCGUUUACGCCUGGUACUCAACGAUUACCCCAGAUCACACUUUUAGCGAUGAAAUUAUCCAAAUUAUCGCCCAUUGCACUCGUGCGCUCGAGCAGAGGCUCCGGCAAGUAGAUGUGGAUGCUUUGGUUUUGGAUGAAAUCCCCGCCUUGGUUGAAGCACAUAUUGUUGCGUUCCGUACCGCCUACCAAAAUCCACACAUGAACCGCUCCGCUUCUUAUCUCCACACGGUUUACCAUACUUUGAACCCACAUCCGGCGCUCUUCCCUGUCCCGGACGCCUCCGAUACGACGGCGAUUGCAGAGCAACAAAAGCGAGAGACAGCAUACCGCCAAUUACUUGCCCAGGGCGUUUUGGCUGUGCUUCUCCCAACCGAAGAUCUGGAGAAUGUCUACUUGAGGACAUUGGUUGGCGAUAUUUUGGCGGAUAUGAUCCUGGGCGAGUUCGUCAGCGACAAAUUGAGCGAUGGUCCAUUUAUCUAUGAACUCCUCACACGGCUCAUCACGGUAAUACAGCAAGACGGCCGUAAAAAUGAACAAGCGGAGCAUAUUCAAAAAGGCCGACUGGAGAGGUUUGGCCUUCUUGGCCCCAAAGGAGAAUCCGGUUACGACGAUUCGUCUGGUGCAAACCAAUCAAAUUUAUCAACGCUGCUGUGGAGAAUACUGCAAUAUUGCUAUCUGACAUUUAUGACUAUUCGAUUUGUAUUGGUUGGACUUUUUCAAGUGGCAUCAUCGUCGCUUCGUGUGUCUUCAGGGAGACCGCCACCUGCCUGCUCACAAUCGACUCCCGUCAAUCUUGCAGGAGAACCUCAAGCCUGGCCUAACGGGGGUAGCCUCCGUCGACCCGUUCUCAAAUAUAGAAUAUUCGGCAUGGUUUCGCAACUAAUCGAUGUGCCUGGGCGAAUGCCAUGGCUCGGUGGGGCCCUUGCUCUCGCACAGUAUGUGAUGGUCGAGGGACCAGGGAAGCUUGGGGAUACGGGAAUGAUACUUGACAGGGAUUCAGAAGGAUUGUUGGUGAUUGCAUGCAUGGCCCUUCGGUCACUUGAUCUGAAGGUGGUUGGCACUCAUCCAAUGAGAAUGUUAUUCUGGUCCGAGACAAAAGUUGGCAUCAGUUUGGCCUUCAUCCACCCAAGGUUGCCGUGCCUAGGAAACCCUGUCCUCACCUGCUACCCGUCGUUCAGCUUUCUUGUCCAACCACUGCCAGAGAAAAGCAAACAGGACAGGAUCAGCAGGACAGGCCAGAAUAAGCCGGUCGUUUUAACCGCCUUCGCCGUUGGUCCAUUGGCUUCUGUUAUUGGGUUGCUCUUGGCCUCCUUCAUCGGGACCGGCCCUUCCCUCCCGUCCGCUCAAGAAAAUGCGCCCAUUUUCAUCACUGUGAAAGCUGCCAUUGGUCGAUCAUUUUCCUCCUCGCUUCCGGAACUGGCCAACCAACGUCUGCAAAAAUACGGCAGCUUAACAUGGGCGGAUCAUGGUGAGAUCCACUCUGAUCGUCCCCCACAUGAUCCUCUCUUGCUCUAUCUGCAAGGCAAUAUUCCAGUCCAGAAUAAAAUCAACUAUCUCUGGGGUGUCUCUCAUCCGUCUCGGCUAGCCAAUGGCCAGUUCCUGCACGAAACGAUCCAGAAGGGUCUAUUUACCCCCACUCUCCUUCCCGUUCUCCUGCUUGCAAUUCGAACCACCCUCUUUCCUUUCAAUACCAAACCCAGUCAGAAUGCCACCAUCUCAACGAUUAGCUCCUCCACAUGCUCGACAGCGCCUCAGGCUGAAGCGGGGAUCAGUAACUCUGCUAGCAAUAGUAAAAUUGGAUCGACUCUCUCGCUUGCAUCUUCACUCUCCUCAAAGCUUUUGCCUGUAAGCCUACAAACCCGGUCGGGAGCCCUGUCGAAUGCUGGUGAAAAUUUGAGCAGACGAGAAUGUGCAGUUAGCAUACUUUCCCUCAUCCCUCGCACCGUGGCAUUAACGAUAUUUUGCAUCCCAACCGCCCAAGCGAGGAACCGAGGAACUACAAUAUUAAACUUAAAAUCUCGCGGUAUCAUCGACACAAGUAGCAACAGCGGAAGUAGGACAACCCACGAUGUCACUGGCUAUGAGGUCCCGAAGAGUUCCUGUAUCAGCCAGCAAUAUUCAUCUCCUGGUCCGUGCAAGCCGGACACCAACUUUCAUGCAUUUCAAGCAGUGCAUAGCGCCCUUGAGCCCUCCGAUCCUUCUACAACUACCAACUUCGACUCCACAGUUGCGAAUAGAAAAGCUAAGGAUAGCGCCGGGGACUCCCGUGUGCAAACGCCAGUGUUUUCUUCAUUCGAUGACGAAGAAAACGAAGAAAUCAACGAACAAGAAGCCCUCCUAUCAGCCAUUGAGAACGAUAUCUUGGACGUAUUUGCAGAUAAAUAUUGUAAUAAACACCUCAUGUAUUCCAUCAUUGAAACGGUUCUUGUUAAGCUCCUCCCUGAAAUCUCCGAACAUGGCAUCGCUGAACUAAUGGCUGAACGAGGCGUCUAA